AUGACCUCCUGCAGCCGUGUGGCACUGGUGACCGGGGCCAACAAGGGCAUCAGCUUCGCCAUCAGGCGCGAGCUGUGCCGGCACUUCUCCGGGGACGCGGAGCGCAGCUGGGUGGCCGUGCAGCAGCUGCAGACGGAGGGCCUGAGCCUGUGCUUCCACCAGCUGGACAUCCACGACCCGCAGAGCAUCCGCGCCCUGCAGGACUUCCUGCGCUGCGAGUAUAGCUGGCUGGACGUGCUGGUCAACAACGCGGGCAUCACCUUAAAAAAUGCUGAUCCCACACCCUUUCAUAUUCAAGCAGAGGUGACCCUGAAAACCAACUUUUUUAGUACCCGGCAUGUCUACACAGAAUUACUGCCUCUCAUAAAGCCCCAAGGUAGAGUGCUCAAUGUGUCCAGCAUGGUUAGUCUCCGUGCACUGAAGUCCUGCAGCCCGGAGCUGCAGCAGAAGUUCUGCAGUGACACCAUCACAGAGGAAAAGCUGGUGGCCCUCAUGAGCAAGUUCGUAGAAGACACAAAGAAAGGGGUGCACCAGAAGGAGGGCUGGCCCAACACUACCUAUGGCCUGUUGAAGAUCGGCGUCACCGUGCUGUCCGGGAUCAACGCCAGGAACCUGAGUGCACAGAGUCCAGGCGACAAGAUCCUCCUGAAUGCCUGCUGUCCCGGGUGGGUGAGAACUGACAUGGCAGGGCCCAAGGCCACCAAAAGCCCAGAAGAAGGCGCAGAGACCCCCGUGUAG